UGCUAACGAUUGGUAGAUAAUUUCCCGCGUUUAACAAAUGAAAACGCGCCCGAUUGCUAUUUUGUCCAAUCAAUUGACGCAAUCCGGGUUUUUUUUUUGCAGAAGAAAACAUUUUCCUCGCGUUUUACUGGAGCGUUUUAUUUCUGUUGGCAAAUGGGGGGAGGAAGCGCAGAGUUAAUUGAGUCUUAUAGAAAAAUACUUUAUUAUUUGAUUAACACUUAGACACAUAACACCGCGUGGAUUUAUUUAGAAAUCUUCACUUGAUGCAAGGGCCAAACCUGUCUAUCUAUCUAUCUAUCUAUCUAUCUAUCUAUCUAUCUAUCUAUCUAUCUAUCUAUCUAUCUAUCUAUCUAUCUAUCUAUCUAUCUAUCUAUCUAUCCAUGCUCGAGCGAGGUCAUCUACACACCUCCUCCCCCCCUGUUUGCGCACAUUAGCGCGUUCUGCUUGUUGUACCCGACGAUGCUGCGAGCUGCGAAUGAAACGUUUCAACUUGGAUGUUUUUAUGGCUCCUUGUCUCCAAAAGGACGCUGGAACGGAGAUGGAAAAGAGAGAAUAAAGCCGUGAUUUGGGACAAAGAUUUUUUUUCUUUUCUUUUUAAGCCUGUGUGUUUUUUUCUGUGCUGUCACAUCCACGGCGGUUUUGCUCGCACUGAAGGCGCUGCGUUAUUGUGGCACGGAGCUUGCGCGCUAUUUACAAGCAACACGUCAAAGCUUAAAAAAAAGCAACAAAAACAAAAAAAAAAAAAAAACGAACUCGUUUGUACGUUUAAAGAAAAUGAGCUAUGAUCUUGAAACUUUCCCAGGAAUGAACAGCAGAUCUUAGGGAACUAAAGCGGAAUAAAUCUUCAUACAAGUGACGAUUCAAGAUGAAGCGAGGCAUGCACGAGCCAAGACGAACGGACUGAAUGAGACGUCUGUGCCGACGAGGAUGACUGGACCAGCAGCCAGGAAGAGAAGUCUUUAUUUUUUAACAAGGCUGCAGGAGCAUAUGUUUUUACGAGCCAGGGCUUUUUGCAAAAAAUGUCAAACCGCACACAUUGAAGUACUCUUCAUCUGUUUUUGAAGUGCUGCCAGAACUCUAGUGCCAAACAUUAACAGUGCCAAGUCGGGAUAAAAAAACAACAUUUCAGCCGCAUUUUACAAAUAUUCCUCAAUCCGUUUUUUUUUUUUUCACCCUUUUACUUUACAUUCAACAUGAACUUCCACAUGAAGUGCUUUAUUCAGGAGUGACUAUUAGCUGUGCAAUUAACCUCAUUCUCAUUGCUAGGAGCUGGCUCUUGCCAACAGAAUCCUCCUUAAACCCCACAAAGUGACCUGCUGCUAAUUCUGUCCUUGCGACGCCUGGCAUGUUUCUGCUCCAUCAAUCAACCUCCGAGCCACUCGAUGCUUCUGCAUUUCCUCCUCUUUUUUCUUCCCUGAUUUCUGUGCACUAGGAAAAAAGAGCCAUAGUUUGUAUAGCCAUCCCGGUCAUGACAGUUAAUAUUGGGUUAUGAAACUGUAAUAUUUAUGAAGUUUUUUGAUUUAUGGUUGAAAGGUAUAUUCAGGGAUACUCUUGAAGCCAGUGCCAAGAGUACAUUCUGUAUUAUUCACCAGCAUAUAAUAUAACGAGCCAUUAGUAUGUUUACGUAAGUCAUCAUUUUUCACUAUUAGGAUCCCGGAUGUUAGACGUUAAGACAAAAAUCAGUACUGUAAUUUGGAUGGGAAAAACAAUUGUUUUAAUUUAUCACCCUGAAGGUGUUCCAUAUGUGUGAAUAAGUCCUCAAAACCCAUUUACACACACACACACACACACACACACACACACACACACACACACACACACACACACACACACACACACACACACACACACACACACACACACACACACACACACACACACACACACACACACACACACACACACAGAGUUCCCACAGUAACACAUGCUGCAAUCACCUUUUUUUUCCUGAUUUGUAUGAAUCAUCCUAAACACUUCCUAAACUCAGAAGACGUUGAAUUUACAUAUGCAAUAUAUAUAUAUAUUAUAUGUAUAUGGUUUAGAAUCCAAGCUGUUUAGUUUGCUUGUCUGUUUUACUAUUUUAUUCAUUUUUUACCACAGCCAAAAACUCUACAUUCUGAUUUCUAUUUUAUUUUACACAUCUGCUACAAGUUUACAAUUCACAAGAGUUCACUAUUAAAGCUUAUUUUCCCUUAGUUUGUAGGACACAUACAUAUUUUUUAAGUGUAUAUUUAAAUAGCUGUGUAGUCAAGUGCCAAACAGGAGCAAGAACAUUUAUAAGGUGUUUACUAAUAAUAAUAAUCGAAUUAUAGUUAGAAUAGGAAUACGAGUAGACUUCAUCACAAAAGUUUACACUGAAACAGAAAUGUUUACACGGUCCGAUUAAGGUGACUAAUGUUACGUCCAAACACUUGUCCAUAGUUUAUUUAGUCAAACUUAAAAAAACAAAAAAAUUAUAUAAAAAAAACGCAUUUAAAAAAUUAAGAAGUAAAGGAUUAUAACAUAUUGUUAAUUUUGUUAUUGUUAACACAGAAAUUAAUUUGUCUUCAGCGUUCAUACAACCAAAUUAGUUUUUUGUUUUUUUUACCUUGCACCAGGCUUUACCUUCAGUCGAUGGAAAUCAAAUCAUGUUGAACUUCAAAUGAAAUAAAAUCCUGUACAAAUCAUUUAAUUUUUUUCCCAUCGCUAACUGGACUCCAUUUACUCUAUUCCUUUUCUGAUGAUGAUGAUGAUGAUGAUAGUUCUUUGUUUUGUUUUUUUUGCUAUAUAAAUCAAUGAAUAUAAUCCCGUAUGUUUAACAAAAAAUUUAAAUUGUUUCAUUUAACAUUAGUUAACUGAAAAGGUUAAUUUUCAGCAUUUUGAAUAGCUUAAUUUAAGAAAUGCUAAUUUCUUGAAUACUGUUAUACAAGUUUGUUAUACAAGUUACGUAUUAUCAGAGUGACACACAUCAGAGUUUUUUUCUCGAUACACCAGCGUUUUUUAUGGUUAUGAACUGUUUUGUAUGAAGUGUUCCAUUGUUCUCGUAGUUCAUUCAGAAGCCCUCGUUAUCAAAAUGCCAUUUUCUACCAUUUUGUGUUUUUUUCUUCUUUUGGACCAUAUGAUUUUCACAGUGGCCGUGACUUCAGAACGCCACUCAGCCAAUGGCAGGCCACUGUUGCUUUUGUUACGAGGCUGGAGCAAAGACAUUUCACCUCCUGCACUGAAGGCAAAGGGGAAAGAAGCAGCAGCCAUAGCAGUGGAGCCAGAAGUGGCUGAGAUCCCUGCAAAGCCUCUUCCUCAGAUCAUGCUCCCUCGUAAUAUGACAGCCGAUGCCCUGAAACCCCCACUGGGGGCCGCACAGGUGGCACCACCACCUCGUCGUCUGGUGGACGUCGAUGUGUGCAGAGGCUACUAUGACGUAAUGGGGCAGUUUGACAACACCUUUAACUGCACAAAGGGCACUUACAUCUACUGCUGUGGCACUUGCUACUACCGCUUCUGCUGUGAGCAUCAAGGCAACCGGCUGAACCAGGACAUAUGCUCCAAUUACAACUCACCCAUUUGGGCCAACACCCAGGUGCCUGCAACUCAGCCCCCAAACCGUUCAGAUCCAGACUUUGACCCUUUGCAGCAGCAGAGCAACAAUACAGUUUAUGUCAUCGGUGGAGUCAUCUCUUUCACGUUGGUCAUGGCCAUUGGGGUGAAGGUGGCUUUCCGCAAGGUCUCUCGUCGACCCAGGAACCGAGACCUCAAUAUGCCUAGAGCACUGGUUGAUAUAUUGCGUCAUCAGUCCAGCCCGGUACAGCAGAGUGAGAGAAACAACAGCACCAGUGCCACCACCAGCAAAGGCGCUAUCGGACGGCAGUCCAAAAACCAUUACACGCCCAUCCUCCAGAGCAAAGACAACCGUGUUGGGAAACACAAUUUAAUUCAGUCUGGGUCCAGUCCCAAACACACAGCUACGAUAGAACGUGUACCACGAAUGAACAAUGCCCAGCUGACCUCAGCAGGAACCCUGAUCUCCAGCAAGACCAACAACACAGGCCAUCAUCUAAGCAUCUCUCAUUCCUUUCACAACCUGGCUCAGCUCCCUCCAACAUAUGAAGCUGUUAUGAAACCCGAUAUUAACCGCUAUUCCUCCCUCAAGAGAUUAGAAAAAGAUCUGGAGGAUUACACGAGUUAUUAUACCUCAAAAAGACGACACAACGAUGCACCGCCUUCCUUCCACUCCUCCCAGCAUCACCUGCCCUGGGGUGAUUAUACACUAGAGGCGAGGGGUACACUGCCCCUACACUCCUCCCGACCCCAAAUACAUGUACCUACCUCUACAUCCACACCAAAUCCUUACCCUUUACCCAAGUCACCAUACAGUCCCACCUUUGAGUCGGUGAGCCAGCCUCCACGCCGGGUGAUGUCUCAAGACCAACUGUUGGCCUUGGGGGAGGGAAACACCCUGUCGUACUUGUCUAAAAACCAACAGCACCAGUAUUACAAAGCCAUGGCCACCAGCAAGAGCUCCAACUCAAAGGCACUGAGGAAGUCCCACGAACGCCUUCUGUUGUCACCUGAUGAAAGAAUGCUGGGGAGUGCGAUGGGUGACUAUGGGGGUCUGAUGCCUCACCUCAGCCAUUAUAAAAAAACGCAGUCACAGCAGAACGUGUGUGUGACCCCAUCCCUUGACCGACACCACAUGAUCAAGAUGAAUUCACACCCAACGUCUGGCUGUGAACAGGAGUUCACGUCCAUCGCUGCUGCCAUGUCCGCUGGCCAUGGAACUGGCACUCUGGGUUGGGGGGAGGGUCAUGGCUCCGCUGGUGGUGCUGGAACGACAGGCCAAAGCUCCCGCAGGAUGGCGUUUGCCGCAAAGCGACAGAACACCAUUGAACAGCUGCACUUCCUCCCCGUGGGAGGGGGAGGCAGUCAGGCACUGUGGACAGGGAGUAAGAACGAAGUCACGGUGUGAAGAAGGGGCGAGGCAGAAGAAGACAGAAAAGGGUUGAUGGAAAGAUUACACGUUUGCUCAAACAGAAGAGAGGACUAAUACUUUAAAGGGAGAGCAUAUGGUAGAAAUUCAGGAGAUAAAAGGGAAGAUGGAAAAAGCUUUAGAGCAAAAAACAAUGCGAGUCUCAUAGCAGGAGAACUUGGUAUACUGCUAGGACAGAAAGUGAGGCAAUGCAUCGUUCUGGAGAGCCAUUUUUGCCCCUUGCUGCUUGUUGCUAAGAAACAGGAUAAGAUACACCCUUGAUAUGUGAAGGUAUUUUUAGGAUGAAACUAUGUGGAUAACUACGGUUUCUACUGUUAUCUGACUCUAUACGGUAUAUCUACAUGGAAGCAUUACAUCUAUAACAAUUGAGCCAUACUUUUUGAACAUUUUAUGGUGGGGGGAAAAAUACAAAUGAAAAUAUGUCAUUCAUGAAAAGUUUUCUCCAACACAAACCUUCUCUAGCAAGUAUAGAUAAUUUUAUAGAAUAUAACGCUUCAUUCUAGUGAGUUUUGUCAGUUAAGUAUGGGAAACAACAUGACAGAAAGUAAGAGGUGGAAUCCUGAGUGUCCUCAGGAUUUGUGAAGACUGUAUAUUUGUGAAAUUUCCUGAUGUAAUAUUAUAGCAUCGCAAAUACACUUCGAAUAAUCAUGGAUUACACUGCAGCUUCAAUGGGGCGAUGAGAGAGAGAGAGAGAGAGAGAGAGAGAGAGAGAGAGAGAGAGAG